AUGAAGACUGCGGUGCGAAGCUUGUCGAUCUCGUACAAGCGGUUGGAAGGCGAACGGAGGCGUAUACAGGAGUAUUUGCUUGAUCCUUUGAAGAUUGUUGUUAUUCCUGUGACUACCAGGAAGAGUUUUUUUUACUUCAAGCACACGGAGGACUACUUGAACACCGGUAAUCGGUUUAUUCGGUAUGAGCGGAAGGUGGCUGACAAGGCUAGUGCAACUUGGCGUAAGAUGGAGGAGUCGCGUAAUAUGAUCACGGUGCGGAUAGUGGGAUGGAUAAAUUUGUUGUUGGCGCAGAUAUCGUGGAUGGAACGGUCGCUUGCGAGCUUCCCAUCCGAGUCGAAUCUUCUGAAGUGUGCGCGGUCAACGACGGGGUCGAAGAAGCAUGUGAGGAUAGUAAGCGUAGGACAUGCCGUGGAGAACACCGAGAGAGAGAAGCAAUUGGAAAAUUGCACUCCAAGUCCGGUGCAUGUGUAUUAUCCAAGUAGUGCGAUGUCGAAGGAUAGCCUUGUCAUACAGCUGACUCAGUUUUGGAAGGAGGGCCAAAGCUACCACUUGAAGUACUUGUUUUACUGUCUGCUUGCGUUGCCACUUACGAUACCGAUUGCGCUGGUCCCGCUUCUGCCUAAUGUGCCUGGUUUCUAUUUAUUGUAUCGUGCUUACUGCAACUACAAAGCCUACGUUGGCGCUAAGCAUCUAGAAUCGUUGGCCACAAGUAACUCCCGGCCGCUGGCGUUCAUUGACCUCAAAGAAUAUUCUGAUAUAAUGUCUGCAGUUGCGCAACCCAAACAUACCAAGGGCAAGGCUGCUGCUGCUGCUGCCAGCGAGAGAAUGGUGCUAAACGAACCGUUACUGCAUAGGGUUCUCGACAACCUAGAGCUCCACGAGCUACGGCGGGACUUGGCCAAAGCCAUCGCACAAGAAAACCGGAGGCUGGACGCAGCAGGGCGACCUACCAAGAGAAAGGAAAAAUCCCUCUAA